AUGGUGCCCAGAUCCAGUCAGUUGACUGUGAUCGUCACGACCUCACCCACCCCGUCAAACCCCUCUACGGAGCUGAUCUCCUCCGUACUGCGGUCUUUCCGCCGCCACUGCACGGACUUACUCAGUGCCCGGGUCAUUGUGGUCUUUGACACCUUUGACCGCGUCGGGCCUCGCUCCCGCCUGAAAAAGGGGCAAGCCACGCCCGAAGUAGCUGCAAACUACGGUGUUUACAAACACAAUGUCAAAGAACUGAUUCUACGCGCAUAUGCAUCCCCUGAUGCCAGCUCCGACCACGUGAUGCAAGAAUGGCAGGACCGAGCCGAAUUCGGUCUCAACAACCUCAGCAACGUGGUUGAUCUGUCCAUCACACAGACCGAUGACAAGCAAGUGACCUUCAUCGAGCCCGCAGCGCGUCUGGGGUUCGGGCUGGCUGUGCGCUCCGCCCUGCGGGUCUGUGAAACACCGUAUGUCUGGGUCCAGCAACAUGACUGGGCACUCGUCGCCGAUAUUCCAUUGGCACCGUUACUGGAGAUCAUGGAGGGUUCGGACGCAGAUCCCGUCGUGCCGGUUAAAUACGUAUCAUUUCCAUCGGUGCGCAUGCUCUCCUAUGCUACGCAACCCUAUGUGGUGGAAUUCCCGGCUUUGCGGGCCUUGACUCAAGAUCUGACGCGGAGUUUUGUCCCGCCAUCGCAGCCGGAGGCGAUCGUACCCUUGACGCCGCUGUACUUCUGGUUUGAUAAGCCUCAUAUUGCCUCGACGGAACAUUACCUCCGGCGGGUGUUCCCGAAUCGGCUGACGAUGCGGCGGGGCGAGUUCAUUGAGGAUAAGGUUGGUCAGCAGGCGAGACAACAGAUGAAGGAGGGCCAGUGGCAUAAAUGGGCCUGUUGGCUGUACUAUCCGGAUGAGGGGAAGCAGCUCUGUCUGGGGCAUUUACAGGGUCGGACAUGGAACGGGGCUGAGGGGGAAUUAUUGACGAAGUAUGGAUAUUCGGAAGUCGAUACGGAGUCGGCUUGA